AUGGGAAUUACUGAUUCAAAAUCCCAGUUUGAAGCAGGCCAUAUUGUGCUUCAAACUACAAAACCGUACUACGCUCCAGGAGAAGAAUUGACAGGGAAUAUUUAUAUAUCUCUAGAUAAGCCAUUCCCAGGCUCAAAUCUUGAAUUAUCCCUCAAAGGAAAGGAGGACGUAGCGUGGACAGUUAGGAAGGAGUCUAGCGAUAAUUAUAAUAGACAUUAUACAAGAUACAUAGAAGAUGAGGCUGAAAUUAUCAAUUUUGUAGCUCCUAUCCAUACAUUCAUGGGUGGAUCAGUCCAGCCAGGACAAUACGAUUUCCCAUUUAAGCUUAUUCUACCUGAUGAUAUCCCUUCUAGUUGUUAUUUUGCUACAAGUUCUUCUUACAAAACACAUGCAAAGGUAAAAUAUCGGCUGAAAGCAAUUCUUAGGUGCAAUACUGAUGAAAUGAAAGACAUGUCUUUCAAACAGACCCUUAUCAUAAGACAGCAGCCUGAUGUUGUCCCUAUGAGUAGCAUGGCUGACUUUAGCGACCAGGUAAACAGCUGAUGCUGCUGUUGGUCUCAAGGAGUUGUGACAAUGCAGUCUCAGACAGACAAAGCUGCUUACACUCCAACGGAAACUGUUAAGAUUAUUGGAAAUAUUGACAAUAGCAACUGCACAAGAGAUAUUAAGAAAGUUAAAGUUCAAUUAGUAGAGAAAGUCAGACUCAAUGCAAGGAGAAAGGUGAGAAAUAUGCUAAGUCCUUUUGAGUCCCCUGAAGAGAAGCUGAUGGGCUUUCUUACUUCUGAAGAUACAGAGUAUAAUAAUAGCUUUGUAAUACUUGAAAAAGACUAUCCAGGGAUUCCUAAAGGAGAAAGUACCAAAGGAGAGAAUCAACUCAAAAGAAGAAUCCAAGGAUGAUCAUAA